GCAUUAUCAUCGAUGGUCACCAAGAGUUCGGCUAUAAAAAGCCCUGAUCGCAGAUGGAGCUAGGUGCAGUCGUUUUUUGGAUUAAUCAGUGUAAUCAUCUACCCAGCAGAAGCAACCAUGAAAUACCUAGCCCUGACUCUUUUUGUGUGCCUUGUGGCCAUUGCUCUGGUGUCUGCUGUGCCCGUAGAUGAAUCCCUGAUCGGAGACAAUAUCUACCAGCCAGCCUUCGAUGAUGUGCAGCGACCACAGGAUCCUCAGGCCAUCUUCAAGCUGAAGAAGCUACUCAAGCUCAAGAAGCUCCUGGGUUAGGAAGCCAUUUUCCGCCAGUCCAUUAAGCGCAGUUCAGAUUCUAGUCCAACUAAUUGGGAGCCUUGCCUCCCCUUUCCGUCUUUUGUAUUCGGUUUUUCAACACGUUUUGUUUAGACAAUUCAUAAGCACACACACAGAAGCACACAGCACAUACAUACAAAAAAAGUAUACGUAAUCGUAACUA